UGUUACCGGCAUUUGUACUAGAAAUUUUAGUGUUCCAUACAUUGCACCCUGCCGAUGGCUUAUACUCUCUAUCUACAUGGCCCUUUGGGCUGUAUUAUUUUGCGCAGUCUUACGUAGAAUUGCUAUGCGGGAACACAUUUGGAUACAAGGCCGUAAUCCCUCGGAUGAUCGAUUGAUAUAAUUCCAUUGAUUUACUCCGUCGCGCAAUAGGCUGUGUAAAAUAAGUCCCUAACCCUUUCUGUCAGUAAACUGGAUGUUAAAGUGAAAGAUCUUUUGGAUGCUACAUUAUUGAAGGAUCAACAGUAUAUGCCUACUGUAUAUUCAAGAUGAAGAUCUGGAGCACGGAACAUGUUUUCAGCUAUCCAUGGGAGACAGUGAUCAAGGCGGCGAUGAGGAAGUACCCCAAUCCCAUGAACCCCAGUGUGGUGGGCGUUGACGUACUGGACAGGAAACUGGAUCAGGAGGGACGCCUGCAUAGCCACAGGCUACUCAGCACCGAGUGGGGCAUCCCAGGGAUUGUGAGAACGAUACUGGGGACCAGCCAGACUCUCACGUAUGUGAAAGAACAUUCUAUAGUUGACCCAGAGGAAAAAAAGAUGGAGCUUUGCUCAACUAAUAUAACUCUGACAAAUCUGGUUUCUGUUGAUGAGAGACUAGUUUACAGACCUCACCCAGACAAUCCUGAAGUAACCAUAUUGACCCAGGAGGCCAUUAUUACAGUGAAGGGUGUCAGUCUAAGCAGCUAUCUGGAGGGUAUGAUGGCCAUGAGGAUGUCAGCCAACGCAAGAAAAGGUUGGGAUGCUAUUGAGUGGAUCAUUAACAACUCUGAGAGGGAGAACGUACCUAUGUGUGACCUCUACUGACUCUGGCUGCCAUGAGGACAACAACACCAUCAGAGACCCACAGCUCUUUCUAGCAACUUGGUAUCUUCACUCACCUGUUCAGAGGGUCUCAAGACAUCAUGGAUGACAACUGUACCAAACCACUUGCUGGGACUCAGUUUGACCAUGUGCUCUGAACUCCACCUUGGAGUACAGCACAACUGGGUCUCUAUCUCCACAUGUGUACUGGACUCUUUGUGCGUUAUCAUACACAAAACAAUAUCUGCAACCAAGUCACCAAACUGCAGAUUUCAUGCAACGGUUAAUAUGGGUAAACAAACAGUCAGUGUUUUGAAAAGAUUAAACAGUAUCAUAGAGACCAACAGCCAUUACAGAUCUUUAUUCUUCGUUACUCAUUUGGUACUGUGCGUCUCUGAAGUAUGGUCACUUAUUGGAAGCAUGGUCACUUAUUGGAAGCAUGACAUUCCCUGAUCAUGAGAAAUGGCUCUGUCCUUUUAUUGAACCAAGAGAGAGGCUUUAAUUGAAACAUUCCACACCAGAUACGUGUUUGCAUGUAAAUAACUUGAGGGUAUAUAUGAAUGUAUAACCUUAGAUGUAUCCUGGUCAAGUACAUUUACAUUUAGUCACUUGGCAGACGCUCUUAUCCAGAGCGACUUACAGUAAGUAAAGGGGCAUUCCCCCCGAGGGUGAAUUGCCUUCCCCAAGGACACAAUGUAAUUUUGCACUGCCCGGAAUCGAACCAGAAACCUUCUGAUUAAAUGCACGAUUCCCUAACCACUCAGCCAUCUGACCCCUGCAUUCAUGUUGUUUCCCUUUUAAAUGAAACAGAAUCUGAGCUUGAGUUACCAGACAGGUCUACAUAACAGGCUGUGUUCAUUUGAGUGUAGAUAGUAAAAUAAGUAGAUAGGAAAACACUUUCAAAGACUAAUUUAAAGGGAAAAAGCCGCUAUGUAACCCUGCAGCUUUGUAGUAAGGAACGCCACAGAUAUCAAAAUGGUUUUGAAGGUCAUACAUGUGUGUCAGAGUUUCACCACAGAGAAGGACCCCAACCCUGACGAUAAAGGUGGUACAGUAUGAGAUACUGCAGUUUGAAAUCCAUGUGCUGCCUCAAUUGAUUUACCAGUAUUAUGUGGAAACAGUUACUAUAGAAAAUCACUUUGUAUCUAUUUAGUUAUGACUCCUAGUCAGUAUGUGGAAUUAUUUUGCAAUUGUUUAUUUGAUAAACCAUUUCAUGGCACCAAUAUUGAGCCAUCAGACACAACUAAGCAUGACUGUGGUUGGUUGGUUGGCUGCAUGUUCUUGGUCUGAUAACUACCUGAGAGCUAUCCUGGUCCUGACAUGAAAAAGUAUGUAAAGUUUAGAGUUUUACUUAUCUUGGUUUAUUAGGAGUAACUGAUGGAAUGAUCAGUCAACAUUUACCACAUUAUGGCAUCUAAGGUGAUGUACAACAUCUUUUGUACUGUGAAAUAAUUGAGUACAUUUUGUAAAAAAAAAAAUAGCAAUCCUGCUUAUAUUUUUGUGGAGGGUUUUUAACACUGAGGAGCAAGCAAACGUCAGGUAAAUCACACAACUUUAAAGUGUCUUGGCCAUGACAGUGGGAGGAGGGAAGGGCAUUAACUUUUUCUAAACCAUAUCAUCUGCUGGUUUUCUUUCAAAUAUUUCUAAGAUAUGAACUUGAAAUAUAAUUUAUUUUUUCAUAAUGAAAUUGAUUUUUGUCUUUUAAAUUGUGUUUGUCUUGGAGUAUUUCUCAUACUUGGAUGAGAUCAUUUUUGGUGGUGUACUGUACCUAAUAAAAUAGCUAUUCUGCUAUUUAACUAUUUUUCAUAUUUUAGUUUACCUAAAAUAUGAAUUUAUAUGACCGUAAAGGACUGGCGAUUUUGGGAGCAAUUUCCUCAUUAAUAGUAUUUUCUAAAAGGUUUUAUUUAUCAGAUAUGACACAACAAUUGCACAGCAUGUCCUUUGCCUUCUCAACGUGAAAGCAGAGGGAGGGUUUGAGUCAAUAUUACACCAUUUAAGAUCUAGUUCCUCGCUGUCAUACUCAUGAACAUGAGAACACAGAACAAAAUUUGGGUGAAAAAGUUACCGUCAUGCAGGUGGCCCUAAAUAAACAUCUUAAAAUUAUUCAAGCUAUUAAAGUUUCAUCUUGUCUCAGAACUUGAAUUAGAGACAGUAACAUCUUAGGUUGUCAAUUAAGUUAUUAUCAAACAAUGUGACCGAAUAUCGUGACCUGUGAAACUGCCUAUAUUAGUUAACUGUCAUCGGUCAUAAUAUAAAAGGCACAGCAUUAUUAUUUUGUAUUUCUAUUCCAUCUUUGGUGAUACUGUUGUAACUCCUUACAGCUAUGAAAACGUAAACACAUUCAUAAACUAUCUUUUAGAUAUCAAAACGUAUAAAAGUGAAAAAGCAAAAAAAGACAUUAAGAACAGAUAGGUCAUCCUAUGAAUGAGUAUCAAAAUGGUAACUCCUAUCACCUAUUUAAUCUAUUCAAUAUCUACACAAUCCUGUUUCUCAGAGCACCCGAUAAUUACAUUCUCAACUCUU